AUGAAAGUCUUGGGAACGAACAUUGGAGGUUUAACGCUUAAGGAAAUGGAAGAAGUUUUCGAAGAUGAUUCUUUCGAAAAAUUAGUUCAGAAUGAUAAGAUUGAAUCAUUUAUGAGACAAGUUCCUGGAACAGAAUGUCCUAGUUUAGAAUUUAAACUUGAUAAGAGUAAGAUUUCCCCUGCAAAUUUGGCAGCUUAUUGUGGAAGCCUUAAUAUCUUCAAAUUCUUAUGCAUUAAUGGGGUUGAAUUCGAUUCAGAAACAGCCAAAUAUUGUGUUAAAGGUGGAAAUAGAGAGAUAAUCGAAUUAGCUUAUCAAAGAGGAUUAUCUUUUAAUAAUACUUUGACUGAAGCAAUUAUGCAUCACCACUAUCAAAUUGCUAAUUGGAUAUUAGAUAACUUUGAAAACGCACCAUUUACCAUGGAAGAUGCAAUUAUAUCAUGCAGUUCUGUAGCAAUGAGUAGUGUAUUAAAGUCAGGCAAGUUUUCUUUUAGCAAUAAAGCUGUUUUUCGCUCUAUUCAAUUUGAAAUCAUGCCACUUCUAAUGAUGAUUUUAGAAGAAAAAGAUUUUGAUAUCGAAAUGAAAAGUCCAGCAGGUUUCACACCAGCAAUUCAAGCAAUUUAUGCAAACUGUCCAAUUGCACUUGAAUUGCUUCUUAAACGAAAUCCAUCUCUUGAAUCCAAAAUAUUUACUCUCGAUUCCAUAAUAAAGUCCCAAGAAGUUCAAGAUCUUAUUCAAGGAUAUUUGGAAACCCAUAAAAAGACAACUAAGAAAAGGUCAAGAAGAGCUUAA